UCAAAGGAGGGCACAAGCGACGUGAUUUUGACUAUAUGUGAACAUUUAUGUCCUUCUGAGUAUGAGAUUUCACUGAAAUAAAACACACAGUGUAAACAUGUCUGUGGCUUUAUCGCGCUGCCUCUGCAGAGUUUUAUCCCGUCAACCCUCUGCUUCUAGGUUUGUGUUGGGAGAAAAUCACCAUGCUGUUCAGAGUCCUUGGUUUGCACCAGCGAUGACACUGAAGACAUCUGCUCCUCUGAGAGCGGAGCCCAAAAAGAAGAAGAAAGUGGACCCCAAAAGGGAGCAGGCAAUAAGAGACAGGCUGAAGAAAAAGCUGAAGAAGCUGGAAAAGGUUCCACCUGAGCUCAUCCCGAUAGAGGACUUCAUCACUUCAUCCCAAUGCUUGGACGAAACAAGGCAACGCUCCGCACCAAAGCUGUCGUUUGAUGAAAGUGAAGGUCGAGCCCUGCUGCUGAAGGAGUGGUCUCGAUACAAACAGGAGCAGCACAUGGCUGAAAUGCAGGCUGUUGAACUUGCUCUGAAGGCACAGAGGGAGGCUCUGGAGGAGCUGAAAAUCGAGUCUGAGGGGCUGUACCAAGCAGCCCUCAAACCAGACCUCCAACUCUUUCCUUUCACUCAUGAAGGUCCCACCUACACACCGCCAAAGACCAAGUUUGAGGCACCGGAGGGGAAGUACAACGACACCACUAAAGUCUACACCCAGCAGUGAUGGACACGGUGCAGCUCGUGUGUGUGUGUAUUGUUUUUUGUUGUUGAGUCCAUGACACACCGUUUGAACAGCCUGCAGGUGUGAAAGACUUUCAUAGACAUAAAUCUUCUUUUUGAACUAACAGUAUGAGGCUUGCAAUCAUUUCAGCUCCUUUGUGUGUGUCGGAUGCAAGAACUCUCAUGCAUAUUGUUUUUUCCACAUUCAUGCCCCUGUAUAAAAACUUGAAAGUAAUCUGAUAUUAAAAUGUACAUUUUUUAUGAAUUCAA